AUGGCAUCAACGGUCGCCAUCGGCGUUGGCAUCGCCGCCGCAGCUUUCUUCGGCCGAGCUGGCCUCGUCGCCUUCCGCCGCUGGCGCAACCCGAACGCUGUAAAUGCGCUCGGCAAAGCAUUCUACAAAGGCGGCUUCGAUCCGAAAAUGAGCAGACGAGAGGCAUCGUUGAUCCUUGAGCUGAGCGAGCGGACGUUAACGAAAGACAAAAUCCGAAAGCAGCAUCGAGCGCUAAUGUUGGCGAACCACCCUGAUCGAGGGGGUAGUCCGUACCUUGCAAGUAAGAUCAAUGAGGCGAAGGAGUACUUGGAUAGAGGCGGAGCAUAA